UAAGUACAUUUAUCAAUUUUGGUCAUCAAUGAAAUUCGAAGGAAGUAUGAAAAAUUAAUAAUUAGGACCUAUUACUUGUUGAAUAUACUGUAUCUUAUUGUUAGGGUAUUUUCGUUUUAAUCCAAACAUCUCUUGAUAGAGGGCUACUAUGUUGAACAGUAUGUUCUAUGUUUCUCGUUUAUUGUCUCAUUGUGUAUUUUUCUUUUCACAUUUAAUUUCAUUACCCGUGUGAAGCUGGCUCAUCAUAUUAACCAAUAUUAAUGAAAGAAGCAAUGGGCAAUUCAAUUGCUCAUAAUUUUUCACCAAUUAGUCUUAAUUGCUCAUUUAUCUUUUUCGAGAAAUAUUCAAAAAUAGGAGUAGAAAUUGCUUUGCUCUGAUUGGUUGACGGACUCCAUGCUAAGACAGGAUUCAUUGAGGAUUAGAUGUUUGCAAUGCAAAAGCUAAGGGAGGUAGAAAAAUCGUACAAAAUCUGAGAUACAUACAUAGUACAGUAUGUAUGUAGUAUUUCGUUGAGUUAUUGUAUACACUUAACCUUAUUUAGUUAAAUUGUAAGGUGUAUGUGAAAUUGCUACAUACUACAUGCUAUUUUAACAUGCCGGAGAAUAAAGAAAAAGAAGAAGAAAAACCUGUUGUUGCAAAAAAUGCAAUUGAUCUGCAACGAUUAAAACUUCAAAAACUAAUGAAAAAUCCAGAAAAGCCUAUUAUACUACCGGAAAGACCUAAAGCUAAAAGUACACCAACAGUACCAGAAUUUGUACGUAAUGUAAUGGGAAGUAGUGCAGGAGCAGGAAGUGGAGAAUUUCAUGUAUACAGACAUUUAAGACGUAAAGAAUAUGCCAGACAAAAAUUUAUUCAGGAAAAGGGACGUAAGGAACUUCUAGAUGCUGAAUACCAUAAGAAAUUAGAAGAAAAUAAAAGAGCAGCUGAAGAUAUGACAGCCAAAAAAAGAGCAAAGAGACAGAAAAAAAAGCAGAAAUGGAAGCAAAAGAAAAAGCUAAGAAUAACAAAUGAUGAGUCGAAUAAAAAUAAUGAAGACAGCAAUUCAGAAGAUGAUAGUCCAGACACAGAAGAUACAGAUGACAAAAAUGACGAUGAACUUAAAGUUGCAUCUAAUAAUGAAAUUGAAAAUAAUACAGCUGCACAAUCUGCAUCAGAGAUAAACAAUUGUAAAAAUGUAGAUAACGACAAUAUAAAUCAAAAUAAGUUGCAUUUACAAAAUAAUUCUAAUACAAAAGAUUCUAAUUCUGAAAUUAUUGACAGUAAUAACAUAUCAACCUCUGCAUGUAAAAUAUUUGAAAAUAAUAAUGAGAAUGAUAUACGUAAUAAUACAGAUAGUACAAAUCCUUAACAAUUAUUGAGGUGUUUCAAAUAUAUUCUGAAAUAUAAAAAUAAAAUAUAAAUACAAAGAAGUUCUAUGAUGUUAUAUAUAUACAAUUUAAGUGAUUAUCAUAUACAUAUCUCUGUAAACAAUUUGUAUACUUUUUAUGGUAAAGUAAUUUACAUUCUAUUCAAAUCUACAGAAUUUAUACUAACAUACAUUAUAUUUGUCUUACUUUAAUAGUUUUCUAUCAUAAUGCUGGGAGAGCUGCUUCUAAAUUGUCAUAUCGUUUGGUUCUUUCAAAGAUGCCUGCCAAUGUGCCGGCAAUUCGUCGAUCUUGGAAUGAAGAAGCACUUUUUUCAUAUUUCUCUAGUUGAGAUUUCGCUUUUAUUAAAUCUCCAAUUUUUUCAGGCACAAUUGUUUCCUACAAUAUAAUCAUGAAAAAUAAUAGUAUCCGUUCAAAUCACUUCUUCUGUUGAAUUAAAAUAGUUAAUAGUUAUUGUUAAUAAAUCGUUGUACCUGAAAUUGUUUCAUAUAGUUAGAAAUGUCAUCCACGUGGUCACCAAUCUCAAACCAAAGAUUUUGUAAAUCAGACUCAUAGGUGCAAGCAGCAACAUGACUAAGGGUAAGGCACAACUAUAAAUAAAUCGUUAUCAAUUAGUAUAGAUCAAGAAAUUAUAUAAUUAUAUACAUAAUAGUGAUUUUAAUUACUUGUUGAACAAGAGUAUCACGAUGUGGAUACUCAGUAUAGCUAGGCACAUGUUGAGAAUUUUCAAAUGCUACAAUAAUACUCUUCCACACAGUUACAAUGUAUCUUCCAUAAAAGUCACAAGCACAUAGUGCCCAUGCUGCAUUUGAGCGUACUUUAAAAUUUGGACUAUGGCAUAUUAAAUUACAUAAUGGAGGAAAUACUGAGUCCUACUUAAACAACAAAAUUGUAUUACAUAAUUAUAAUGAAAAAUAAUAAAACAAAAUUUUCAUUAAAUUAAUAACUUA